CUCUAUCUCUCCCUCUCUCUCUCUCUCCUUUCUCUCGCUCUCCUCGGCUGCGCUUUGCUCUAUAUGCGGCGCGCGGGCAACUCGAGGAAUCCGCUCCAAAUGCUUUCCAUAUUAGUUCAGAGGCUCUCCGGUUCCAAAUAGCAGUGCGGCGCAGGCCUCUCUUGUCAGCGGGGAGGGGAAGGGCGAGGGAGGGGGGAUGCUGGGAGAGCUGCCGUCAACCAGCGGCCAGAGCGCUAGUCACCAGUAGCACAGAGCAGCGGAGCACCAGUCAGGGGCACAGAGGGAAGGAGAAGAAGAAGAAGAAGAAGAAGAAGAAGAAGAGAGGAGAUUGAGAAAAGGACAGAUUAGAGGGAGAGAGCAAGUGAGCAAGUGAGAAAGAGAGAGAGAGAGAGAGAGAAAGAGAGAGAGAGAAAGAGAAAGAGAAGCUUCCAGCCAUCGGAUCGGGAGAAUAGCAGCAGUCAAGCGUGUGGGCAGCAGAAGCAGCAGAAGCAGCAGCAGCAGCAGCGCGGCAGGAACAGGAAGAGGAAGUGCAUUAUGGGAUGGCAGAAGGAGCGGGAGACGGCUCAGGCGGACGGGGUAGUGAGCGAGGAGGCGCACAAGUGCUGCGGCUGCCGCUUCCCGCUGCUCCUGGCCCUGCUGCAGCUGCUCUUCGGAGCCGCCAUCGCCGUCCUGGCCUUCAUCAUGGCCGCCAUCAGCCCCUCUCUGCUGGCCAGGGAGACGCCCCACUGGGCAGGCAUCAUCCUGUGUGUGGUGGCUCUGCUGGGGUUCGUCCUCUACCUGAUCACCUACCGGGCCGAUGAGAGGACGUCCAUGCAGUUCCUCGUCAAGGUGCUCUACUUCCUGCUGUGCUCGGUGGGCGUGGUCAUCUCCGUGCUGGUCAUCGCCUUCCAGGGCCACCACUUCUCGCUGGCCAACGGCUUCAGCUGCCACGAGCAGGGCGAGGACUGCGUGUGCACGCUGGAGCCGGAGGACCCCAUCGCCCGCACCUUCACCUACGAGGCGGUGGGCGACUGCUCGGUCGUCAUGGACACGCUCAAGAUCUACUUCCUGCUGCAGAUGGUGCUGAACCUGGCGGCCGCGCUGGUGUGUGCCGUGGGCGCCUUCGUCAUGUGGAAGCACCGCUACCAGGUGUUCUUCGCCGGCCUGCAGGUGGGCUCCAUCACCUCCCAGCACUGGCAGAAGGUGUGAGUCCGCCGGAGAGAGAGAGAGAGAGAGAGAGGGGAGAGAGAGAGAGAGAGAGAGACGGGACAGAAAGAGGCUGAGGGCUCUGUGGAGAGAGAUGGAAACCAUGCUCAGCGUCUUCUCACUUGCCUAAUGAACAAUGUGUGUGUGUGUUUGUGUGUGCUGUUUGAGUCACCAAAUCCAAACUGUCCACAUAGUGGUUGCUGUAUUUUUUCUAAUAUCCCACUUUACUGGUAUGCGUCUGCUUGUGUGUGUGUGUGUGUGUGUGUGUGUGUGUGUGUGUGUGUGUGUGUGUGUGUGUGUUUGAAAGAAUGAAAGAGGCUCAGAUGACCUUUGGAAAGUUUCAUAGGUUUCUACUUUUCUAAAGCAGCUUUCUACGCCACUUCCUUACAAAUGUGUUGAUACUAGUGCCAGUGUAGGAGCCCUGCACUCUGUUCCAACUGGCGUACAUUGUCAGUACACUACACUCUCAUGCAGUGCACUGUGCACAGGAUAGUGAUGUCUCAAAUCCAAAACCAACUGAAACGACCAUCACAACAUCUUUACUGGUGUCUGCUCUACGACAGCAGCAUCGUCGUGUUUGUCAAAACUCGCUUGUACAGUACAUCUGUAAAGUGUGUUUUCAACUGCUGCUGUUCCAGCUUCCUCAACCACAAUUAUGACUUAGCUUGAAAGUGAUCCCUUCUGCAAUGAAUCCAAGUUCCAUUAAGAGCACAAAAGUGUCCAGCUUUCUUCAACUUUUUGACCGUUACGAGUUUGCAGCGCACUCUGCGCUGUCACAAUUAUCGGUGUGAACGCAUUUAUGCCCUCAAAUUAGGUACUGUAAGUACAGAAGUACACAAACUGGAACAGAGUGCAGGCAUUUCUAACAGACAGAACCGAACCGAUGAUGCAAUACUACCCCUUUCUGCAGCGAGGAUUUGUUCACUGAGGUAGUGAACCAAGGGCAUGCAAGUAUGCUUCAUGCUCUCUUCCUCUGCACUUGUGGUGUCCUUUUCAAAGAUAUAAUCAGUUCUCACCAUUGCCUUACAGCAUUUAAAAUACAUGCAAGAUCGCUUUAAAUCAGGAACAGAAAUGUGAGUGAGUUUACAAGAUUGGCAGAUAUUAGGGGGAGUCACAUGCGCGUUUUUAACUGUGUUGUAUCUCUUUAAGACACGUUUUGCUGAACAGUGUUUACUACUUUAAGAGGACUUUUAUUCUGACCUCCUCCUGAGCUGAGCAGCCCAGCUGUGGGAGGCUGCCAGACAGGCAGGCAGGCAGAAGCUGAGCAGUGCUGUGGAGUGUUGUAUAGCAAAUACUUUCAGACAGAUUUGAUCCACGUUUGGCUGAGUUCUGUUUUACAAUCCUUGGCUUGGUUUGCUUUGUUUGUUGGAUGUGUUUGUUGACCUCUUAUGAAGUUGUAUUACAUGCUGUAUCCUUGUUCCCUGUGUGAGUCAGUAUCAUUACACACGCUUAAAGGGAAAGACACCGGUGUUCGUCUAAUGAAGGGAAAAUGACCAGCCGCGUUGUUUUUCUGACCCUGGUCCGGAGCACAACAACAGGCAGCGCUGUGAGGUGGGGCCAGGGAGGCCUCUGGCCAGUCCAGUGGGCCGGAGUCACGGUCCAGCCAGCCACUGGAAAACCUCCGCUGCUACUUCUGGCAGGGGGAGCACAAGGGGUACUCAGACACUCAACCCCAUGCAGCAACAACACUAAUAUAGACACCAACUGCCAUCUGCUCCUGUGGAAAAGCACAAGGCUUUCAAAUGCAUUUUUAUUAGAAUUUUUUUAUACAGGGAUUGGUUGAUUCAAUCUUGUUAUGAUUUCAGAUUUCAAACCAUCUUUAAAAACAAGUCUGUGUGGUGUUUGGAGGAAACAUUUUUUAAUGUCUGUAUUGCUGGUGUUUUUUUUGUUCAUUUUACAGUGUAUACAUAGCAAUGUAUUCCCAUUUUGAUGCAUGCAUGGUCAAAAGGUCUUGGGUGUGGUGGUGCUACAGUACAGUCAAACGCCUUGCACAGGUUACACAGCCACUGCUGAUAGUCCAGUCUGUAUUCUCUGUGUACGUCUCUUUUUUUCUUUAUUUUUAAUAAAAGAUCAUAAUUA